GAUUUCGUUAACCAAAUUUGAUUUUAAUUCACCCAGAAGUUGGGUUAUCUUCUCCCCUUUCAUAUUUUUUAUAGAAAGGAGAGAAACGGAAAAAAAAAAUGAAUAAUCGAACUUCUUCUCUUGUUAUUUUGUUUUUCUUGUUAAUCUUUAUUUGUUUAUAUGAUAUAACGGCAAAAGCAGAUGAUGCCGAUACCAAGCUUUACGUCGUCUAUUUGGGACACAAACCUCACAAUGAUCACGAACUUAUCACCGAUUCACAUCAUGAACUUUUAGCUCAAGUGAUUGGGAGCAAGGAAGAAGCUAAAAAACGGAUGGUGUAUAGUUAUAAACAUGGUUUUUCUGGGUUCGCUGCUAAGCUCACCGAUUUUGAAGCCAAACACUUUGAAGAAUUAUCUGGUGUGGUUCGAGUUAUACAAAAUUGUCCUUACAAGACUCAUAUGUCAAGGAGUUGGAAUUUUUUGGGUCUUUCUAAACAUGAUUCCAAUGGCCUUAUGAAUAAAACAAAUCAAGGUGAUGGAAUAAUUAUUGGCAUAAUAGAUACAGGUAUUGCAUGGGGGAUAAUUCAAAAGCUUUUAACGAUAAAGGCCUAGGUCCAAUUCCAUCUCGAUGGAAAGGUAACUGUAAAUCCGAAAGUAAUUUUAGAGCCACAAAAUAUUGUAAUCGAAAAAUUAUUGGAGCUCGUUGGUACAUAAAAGGAAUGAUGGAAGUCAAUGGACUAAAUCAGACAAUGGUUGAUAAAUUAUAUAAAUUAUCACCACUAGAUGACAUAGGGCAUGGUACUCAUGUUGCCUAUACUGCUGCUGGUUCUUAUGUUAACAAUGUGAAGUAUUAUGGUCUUAAUAUGGGGACAGUACAUGGAGGAGCACCACUUGCACGAUUAGCAAUUUAUAAGGUUGGUUGGGAAACAGAAGGAACAAUAAUUAGUAAUAUCGAUGUUCUUGCUGCCAUUGAUGAUGCAAUAAAAGACGGAGUUGAUAUAUUAUCAGCAUCUAUUGGUGCUGAUGGCUUUAUUAGAUUUGAUGACUUUAAUGAGGACAACAUUUUGGGGCUAGGAUCUUUUCUUGCAGUAUCCCAUGGCAUUCCUUUUAUUGCAAGUGCGAUGAAUAACGGACCUAAACCUUACACAGUCGAGGCUACUUCUCCAUGGUUGAUAAGUGUUGCUAGUAGCAAUUCCGAUAGAGAAAUUGUUACUCCUUUAACACUUGGCAACAACAAGACAAUACUAGCUGUGGGACUUAAUAAAGGGUAGCAACAAUCUUUUGCUCCAUUGGUCACUUUUGCAAAUAUAACGAGAGUCGAAGACAUUAAAUUUAUUGCUAGUGGACUAAAAGGAAAAGUUCUAAUGCUUUUCUUUAAAAGCAAUAUAGAUGCAAGUCGUUCUUUGAAGGAUCUAAAGGGUACAGGAGUUUUAGCUUGUAUUUGUGCUACACUACCUGUUGUUCAAAUUGAUGAAACUCCUAUACCAUUUUUAACCGUUGAUUUCGAGCAAGGAAAUCAAAUUUUUGAUUAUUUUCAACAAUGUAUAUCUAACAAUCAAGAUCCUAUUAUUAAAUAUGGACAAGCAGAAAUUCUUGAGGGUAAGGAGACAUAUAUAAAAGUGCCUCAAUUCUCCUCAAGGGGCCCUAAUUCCUUUGCCCCAGAAAUUUUAAAGCUCCUGGUGCUAAUAUACUUGCAGCAUAUCCUCCUUCUCGGAGGAGACAAUGGCUUCAAACUCCUGUCAGGAACAUCCAUGGAAGCCCCUCAUAUCACGGGAAUCGUUGCACUUCUUAAAGUUGCACAUCCUGAUUGGUCUUCAGCUGCUAUUAAGUCUGCACUUAUGACAACAGCAUGGAACGAGGACACAUAUGCAACUGAAAUAUAUACAGAAGGAACUGGAGGAAAACUUGCUGAUCCAUUUGAUAUUGGAAGUGGCAUAUGCAAUCCAAAUGGAGCAGUAGAUCCUGGUUUAAUCUAUGAUAUGGAUACAAAUGAUUAUUCAAUUAUGUUUGCAGAUUGGGAUACAGUAAUGAUGAAGUUUACAAUGCAACUACGUAUCAUUCCGACACGAAAAAAUCUGCUUCUUCAGGAGGAAUUGCGUGUCUCAAAGAAGUACAUUCUAGGUUGGAUAUGAAUCUCCCUUCAAUAUCGAUUCCAAAUCUCAAGGAUUCAGUUACUCUCAAGAGAACUGUUACGAAUGUUGGAAAUGUUUACUCUGUAUACAAAUUGGUGGUUAAACCUCCAAGAAAUACUGCUAUUAAAGUAACUCCAGAUGUGUUGAAGUUUAAUGCCAAGAUAAAGAAGAUUUCCUUUGAGGUAAAGAUCACAUCUACUUACCAACAAAGUAGUAAAUUUACCUUUGGGAGUUUGGCAUGGAGUGAUGGCAAGCAUUUUGUUAGAAUUCCUAUUGUUGUGAGAAAGCAAAUAGAUGAGUAAAGGAAAAGUACUAACUUAUUAGCUUUAGAUGUAUGAGGUGGAAUGAUGGUACACAUCUUGGUACAAGGGAAAAGGACUAUUGGUAUUAUUUACAAGGGUGGAUUUAGGGGGUGUUCACCCAAACUCUCUCGACAAAAAAUUAUAUGUAUAUAUAAUUCACCUUGAGGUUCCUAGAUCAAACCAAGUAUUAUCUUUGUAUUUUUCCAACCUCCUAGGUGAAAAUUUUGAUUAUUUAUGUAUGAGUAUAAUUUUUUCAUAUGAAAGCAAGUGGAUGUCCAAACAA